AUGGAAAACCUAGAGGCACAAACGGCAAGGGAUCUUCUGUCCGGUAGUGGAUCACACCUCCUCACCGGCAGCUCCCACUCCCACGCGCGCGAUGCGCGCGACGCCGGCCCCAGCGGUGGCGCCUCGGGCGCCGCGUCGGGCGCCGCCAACGGUGCCGCGCGCACCACGACGCUUCAGGAACCCACUGAGAAUGACGACCUCGACACCAGUGAUCCGGUCCUGAAUUUGGACAGCCAAGACCCCUUGAGCUUCCGACAAGGCCUUGGCGCCCCCUCGGACUCUUCACAUCGGGGCUCCUCCCAUGGCUCCCUGCAGAAGAGUCAAUCGGCCAUGGAGUUGAACUCACACUCCAAGAACGUGGUGGUCGACACUACGCCGAAGGUGAGGACGAUCAGUUUGGCGCGCAUGGGCAGCACCGAUCGUAAAGAAAUCCUGGAUCAGAGUGAUAGGCAUUUGGAUUUGGAUGGGCUCCAGGACAAGCACGAUGCCAAAACGCGUUCGCUGGCGGGAAGCAAUUCUCGAGGCUUUGGAGACUCCACGCGCACCGCGCUGGAUUUCUAUUGCCCGAUGUCGCGCGGUGCUCAGGUGGGUUUUCACUUCAUGGGCCUUUUGAUCCCAGAGGCUUGGCUGCUGCUGCUGUUGCAGAGAUUCUGUAUCCUCAGUUUCCUGCUGGGCAUAGGCGGUCUCAUCACCGUGAUGAUCUAUCAGAGCAGCGGAGAGUUCUAUGAUGCGAUCACCACCAUCACCGGCACCUCCUACCUGUUCGGUGUGGUGGGUGCCUGCUGGAGCCUUCGAAGAGCGAAGGUUCAGGAGCUCUUGGGGUCGAAUUCUGGAAGCUUAGAGCUGUAUGCCUACCAGCAUGGCUUUCUGGCGGAGUGGCACGUCGUGUCCUCCAAGCGGCUCCUGGAAACCCUGGGAUUCCUCGUGCUGAUGCUCGCCUCUCGUUGGCUAGUACACUUUGACCUCUUCCAGCAGCACGAGGAGCGCUUCGAACUGACCGGUGCCUUCUCCCUGGCAGCCUUGGGCAUGGCAGCUCUGGCCUACUUGCAGCUGCACCUGGUCGCAGGACUGGACCUAGCUCUCGAUAGCUUUACUGUGAAUUUCUUCCGGAACAUGGACCUUGGCAUCGCCUCUGCGGAGUGGAAUGUGGUGCAAGUGACCUUGCGACAAGUCUCCACCAAGCUGGGCGCCUCGCUGCUUCUGCUGGGCUCCUCUUGCUUGGUGAGUUUGCUUCUACUGGUGGAGAUCGCCUUCUUCCGCCCUGACGAACAUCGGGGGGAGCGCACUCACGUACUCCUCUUUAUUGCGUGGCUCGUUCCUCCCAUCCUGCUCUUCAUGUACGUCUUUUUUAAUGAUACGGCGACCACCGAGAAGGCGGGGCGGGUGGCGCCCUUGGUCAAUUCCUGGAGCUUCAAACGUGGCGAGGGCUCGUCCGGGUGGAUGGACCCUGGCCGUCAGUACAUGGUCCAGUACAUCCAGCAGAGCGAAGCAGGCUUUUACUUUCAAGGAAUGGCCCGCCAAGAUGCUGCCUAUUUUGAGGCCUUUCUGCCUAGAAAAACGACUUUGAAUUUCCUGCUGGGCAUGCAAAAGUCGCUGUAUUUGGGCGCAUUUGAGAACUUGAGAAGAAGAGCUUUGAUGUACUUCAUCGGCUUCCUACCAUGCUCUAUAGCGAGGUAA